AUGAAAGAGUUUAGAACGCCGGACUCAUGGGCGCCGCCGCGGCUGUCCUCGCCAGAGCCGGAGUUCGCGGCGCCUAUCGGCAACCUGACGGCGCCCGUCGGCCGCGAGGCCGUCCUCUCCUGCGUCGUCGACAACCUGGGCAAGUACAAGGUAGUGUGGCUGCGGGCGGACGACCAGACGCUGCUGUCGCUGCAGGACAAGGUCGUGACGCACAACAAUCGCGUCGCAGUCUCGCACGACCAGUUGCGCACCUGGCGGCUGCACCUGCGGCAGCUCAAGGAGGCCGACCGCGGCUGCUACACCUGCCAGAUCAACACGAGCAUCAUGAAACAGCAGUUCGGCUGCAUCGAUGUGCACGUGCCGCCCGACAUCCUGAUCGAGGAGACGAGUGGCGACCUGGCGGUGACGGAGGGCGACAACGCGACGCUGCGCUGCCGGGCGUCUGGACGACCUGCGCCGCGCAUCUCCUGGCGCCGCGAGGACGGCGAGCACAUCCUGCUGAGGCACGGCGCCCGGGACCUCUCCAAGGUGGAGUCGUACAGCGGCGGCGACCUGCACCUGUGGCGGCUCGACCGCAGCCAGAUGGCGGCCUAUCUGUGCAUCGCCUCCAACGACGUGCCGCCCAGUGUCAGCAGGAGAAUCGUGCUCAGCGUGCACUUUGCUCCCUCGGUGAAGGUCCCCAACCAGCUGCUUGGAGCCCCCCUGGGAACCGACGUGCAGCUUGAGUGCUACGUGGAAGCCUUCCCCAACACCAUCAACUACUGGGUCAAAAACAGGGGAGAGAUGCUGCUAGACGGGCCGAAGUACGUGGUGCGCGAGAGCCGGAUAUCCUACAAGGUGUACAUGUGGCUGGUGGUGAGGCGCUUCAGCCGCAGUGACGUGGGCACCUACAACUGCGUCGCCACCAACUCGCUGGGCCGCGGGGAGGGCACUCUGCGACUCUACGCUACUACCCUCAUGCUCAUAAAUUAG